AUGGCCAACCCAAUGGACAGCGAAGCCGGCUCCGAGCUCUUCAGCAACUAUGAAGCCGAACUCAAGCUUGUACAGGCCGACCUGAACCAGAAACUCGACCAGCUGCCCGAACUGAGCGGCGAAGAGCGUAAGGCUGCCAUCGGCCGCGCUCAGCGCUCUCUGGAAGAGGCCACCGAGAUUCUGGACUCGAUGCGAUUGGAAAAGGAGAACCUGCCAGCAAACCAGAAGACCAAGACAAACCAACGCUUCCGUAACUACACACACGACAUCGAUAUGGCCAAACAGAAACUCAAGGGCUUGUCCAGCGACAAGUCUGCUCUCUUUGGAAGACGCUAUACCGACAACCCCACCAGCGACGACCAACUCGAGCAAAGACAACAACUUCUGUCAGGCACCGACAGACUUGACCGCUCGAGUGGCCGCCUUCGCGAAAGUCAGCGCAUCGCUCUCGAAACUGAAGACAUUGGUCGCAAUACUCUUGCCGACUUGGCCAGACAACGAGAGGUCAUUGAGCACUCUAGAGAUGUGCUCCUUGAGGGUGAGGGCUACACCGACAGAAGCAACAAGACAUUGAAGCAGAUGGCUCGUAGAAUGGCUACGAAUAAGAUAAUCACCAUCGCCAUCAUCACAGUUCUGGUCCUCCUGAUUCUUGCUGUUAUCAUCAGCAAGUUCAGAUAG